GCUUUGGCGUGGGCGGGGCUUCCUCGAGUUCCGGAGUCGAGUCGCUCGCCUUGGCCGGAUCGGAGAUGCAGCCGCCGCCCCGAAAAGUGAAGCCGGCUCAGGAGGUGAAGCUUCGCUUCCUGGAGCAGCUGAGCAUCCUUCAGACCCGGCAGCAGAGGGAGGCAGAUUUACUGGAGGACAUCAGGUCCUACAGCAAGCAGAGGGCAGCCAUUGAACGGGAGUAUGGGCAGGCACUUCAGAAACUGGCUGGGCCAUUCCUGAAGAGGGAAGGGCACCGGAGUGGGGAGAUGGACAGCAGGAUGGUGUUUGGUGCCUGGCGCUGCCUGCUGGAUGCCACCGUGGCUGGGGGCCAAGCCCGGCUCCAGGCAUCUGACCGAUACCGUGACCUGGCAGGGGGCACAGGGCGGAGUGCCAAGGAGCAGGUACUUAGGAAGGGAGCAGAGAACCUCCAGAGGGCACAAGCUGAGGUGCUGCAGUCUGUCCGGGAGCUGAGUCGAAGUCGGAAGCUGUAUGGGCAGCGGGAACGUGUGUGGGCCUUGGCACAGGAGAAGGCGGCUGAUGUCCAGGCUAGACUGAACCGAAGUGACCAUGGGCUCUUCCACACUCGAACCAGUCUCCAGAAACUCAGCACCAAGUUGUCUGCCCAAUCAGCCCAGUACUCCCAGCAGCUGAGAGCAGCCCGCAACGAGUACCUGCUUAACCUGGUGGCCACCAAUGCCCACCUUGACCACUACUACCAGGAGGAAUUGCCAGCCCUGCUCAAGGCCCUGGUCACCGAGCUCUUGGAACACUUGAGGGACCCCCUGACCUUGCUAAGCCGCACUGAGCUGGAAGCUGCAGAGAUGGCCCUGGAGCAUGCCCGCCAUGGAGCACAGGCAACCUCCCAGGUAAGCUGGGAGCAAGAUUUGAAGCUUUUUCUUCAGGAGCCUGGAGUAUUUUCCCCCACACCACCUCAGGAGUUUCAGCCUGCAGGGACUGAUCAGGUGUGUGCCUUGGAACUGGAGGGGGACGCAGGAGGCAUGGCUGGGGACAGUAGCCUGGAGAAAGAGGUUCAGCGCUGGACGAGCCGAGCUGCCCGAGACUACAAGAUCCAGAACCAUGGGCAUCGGGUGCUGCAGCGGCUGGAGCAGAGGCGACAGCAGGCUCCAGAGCGGGAGGCUCCAGGCAUAGAACAGCGGCUGCAGGAAGUGAGGGAGAGCAUCCGGCGGGCACAGGUGAGCCAGGUGAAGGGGGCUGCUCGGCUGGCCCUGCUACAAGGAGCUGGCCUAGAUGUGCAGCGCUGGCUGAAACCAGCCAUGACCCAGGCCCAGGAUGAGGUGGAGCAGGAGCGACGGCUCAGUGAGGCCCGACUGUCCCAGAGGGACCUGUCUCCUACGGCUGAGGAUGCUGAGCUCUCGGACUUUGAGGAAUGUGAGGAGACAGGGGAGCUCUUUGAGGAGCCUGUCCCCACAGCCUUGGCCACUAGGCCCCUUCCCUGCCCUGCACAUGUGGUGUUUGGCUAUCAGGCAGGGCGUGAGGAUGAGCUGACCAUCACAGAGGGCGAGUGGCUGGAGGUCAUAGAAGAGGGAGAUGCUGAUGAAUGGGUCAAGGCUCGAAACCAGCACGGCGAGGUAGGCUUUGUCCCUGAGCGGUAUCUCAACUUCCCGGACCUCUCCUUCCCUGAGAGUGGCCAUGACAGCGACAACCCCUCAGGGGCAGAGCCCACAGCUUUCCUGGCCCGUGCCCUAUACAGCUACACGGGACAGAGUGCAGAGGAGCUGAGCUUCCCCGAGGGGGCACUUAUCCGCCUGCUGCCCAGGGCCCAGGAUGGAGUGGAUGACGGCUUCUGGAGGGGAGAAUUUGGGGGCCAUGUUGGGGUCUUCCCCUCCCUGCUAGUGGAGGAGCUUCUUGGCCCCCCAGGGCCCCAUGAACUCUCAGACCCUGAACAGAUGCUGCCAUCCCCUUCUCCUCCCAGCUUCUCACCUCCUGUGCCCACCUGUGCCUUGGAUGGAGCCCCUGCACCUGUGCUGCCUGUGGACCAAGACCUGGAAUGUCCUGGACCCCUGGACAUGAUGGCACCUCGACUCAGGCCGAUGCGUCCACCACCUCCCCCACCAGCUAAAGCCCCGGAUCCUGGCCACCCAGAUCCUCUCACCUGAAGCCAGGGGACUGCUGUCCCCCAGUGAUGCUGCUGUCCCUAUUUCCACGAUGUCAGAGACCACCCCCUCAAUGAUCUGAAGUGACCAAGCCAAAAGCUGGAGUCUCCCCCAUCUCUACUCUCACCUCCAGCAAUAGAAACUUUUCUUCUC